AUGCCAUCUGCAAUUGUUACUGGUGCAACCGGAAUCAACGGAAGUGCUAUUGUACGUCAUUUAUGCAAAGACCCCCAUUAUCAAAAGAUCUAUUCCCUUUCUCGCAGAAAUCCUGGAGGCGGAAACGCAAAAAUCCAACAUGCAACCCUCGACCUCCGGGGCUCAGCCGAGGACAUGGCCAGGAACCUCAAAGACAUCUCAGCCGAGUAUGUCUUUUUCUGCGCGUACCUGGCACAUGAUGAUCCAGCGGAAUUGUCCCGCGUGAAUGGGUUGAUGCUGUCAAACUUUAUCCAAGCAUUGGAAAUCACCGGUGCUAUCAGAACAGUGAAGCGCUUUGUUCUGACCUGCGGCCUCAAACAAUACGGCGUCCACCUGGGUAAUUGUAAGCAGCCGCUCAUUGAGGAUGACCCUCUGCUGGAAGGCAACCAGGGUGGCACCACCUGGCCCCCAAACUUCUAUUAUGAACAGCAGCGAAUCCUCAAAGAGGCCGCCGCACGAGGCAAGUGGGAAUGGAUCGUCACACUCCCGCAGGAUGUGCUAGGCUACGCCCGAGGUAACUUCAUGAACGAAGCCACCGCACUGGGUCUCUACUGCGCUGUCAGCAAGGCCCUCCCGGGCUCCGAGCUACCCUUCCCCGGUUGCAAAGCCAACUACUUUGCCUUCAACUGCUGGACGUCGGCAAACCUGCACGCCAAGUUCUGCCUCUGGGCGGCGACUGCCCCCAACGCCGGCAACAAUAUCUUCAACGUGAUGGACGGCGAUACGGAGUCCUUCCAGAAUCUGUGGCCGCGACUGGCUGCGCGGUUCGGCUGUAAGAUUCCAAACCCGAUGUUUCCUCAUGGAGGGACCCCGGACACACAGGGGUUUCGUGAAUAUGAGGCAACGACUGUGCGGAUGCCAAAUCGGCACCCGCUGGCUGUACACGCGGACAGAAUUGGCGUUUCGGCCGAUGAUACGCCCACCUUGUUUCUGCAGGUCGAUCCGGAGAAAUGGGCGAAGCGCAAGGAUGUAAACGAGGCCUGGGCUAAACUGCGUGAUAAAUACAAUCUCGACCAAUGCGGAUGGGACACGGCCACGUGGGAUUUCCUCACUUUUGCCCUGGGAAGGGACUGGAGCUGUGUUGCCACUAUGAGCAAGGCACGGCGGCUGGGAUGGAAUGGUUAUGCUGAUACUUGGGAAGAGCUGGAGGAUACCUUCAGGGUUCUGGAAACGGAGGGUAUUUUGCCUCCAGUGGACAAGCUCAGAGGAGACUUUUAG